CGAAGCAAUUACAAGGCUUGCAGGCCUGCAAGGUGUAGGUCAACACCUGUAUUUCCCUUUAGUUUUAUAAACUUCUGCUACCUUUCUUUUGAAGCUCUUUUAGUAAAUGCAGACACAUUUGUCAUUGACUCCAGUCUGUUCCCCAGCUCAUGCAGACACUUGAAGCCCAGCUGAUUUCUCUUCAUCUCUUCAAAGUUACUGCCCCAUGGCAGACCAACAACAAUUGCCGCACAGAACUCACUGUCAGAAAAUGCAAGAACCUCCAAAGAACAUUGAAGAAUUUUUAAAGCUUCAAAACUUGGAUCAUUGGCCAAAGGAAAUCCAUUUAUGGGAAAGUGAUGAAUUGUUACACACUAUGAAGAAAAUAAAACAAGAUAGUUCAUUUACUUCCAUUUAUACACAUUUGUGGGGAAAUGUCCUGCGAGUAGAUGAUGCAGCUAUGGCCAUGGAAUCAAGACUAGCAGAAUGUUCAAUUCUUUUGAGAAACCAUGCUUCUGAAAUAUUUGAGUGGAACAGAAUAAUUUCCAGGACAAUUUCUCAUGGAAAACUGAAACAAUACAAGGCAUUUCUAAAGAAGUACCAUAAGGAAAAGAAGAUAAUGCUUUCAGAUGAAAUGGAGACAAAGAAGGAUAUAGAGGGUUGUAACUUCCCAGGAUUCAGAACAAAUGAGCUUACUCAGCUACCUAGACAUCUGAAUGCUGAACGAAUUUAUCUUUUUAUUUUAAAGGCCCAUAACUUUGAUGGAAAAGUUUUUAAAAUCUGGAGAAGUCAUUUUCUCUCAGAAGCCUCUAUUGCUCUUUUGCAUGAUAGCUUUUGGUGGUGGUUUCUCCAUAAAUUUAAGCCUGACAGAGAAAGUCAAGAUUGCUUGUUUGAUAGAAUUUCAGAAAGUUAUGUGUCACUUUUCAUGAGCAUACCUCUAAGCCGAAAGGAUACAUUCUUUCAGGUGUAUCCUGAUUGUUUGGCACAAGCUAUCUAUGUAACAUUCCAGGAAGCAUUUCCAGAAUCCAGUAAUCUCUUUAAUGAUGAAUUUAAAGAAGAUCUAGGGAAUAAUAUUUUUCUUUGGUUGUCAGGUUUACCGCCUCAAAAAGGAUUUUGGACCCACUGGAAACUAAAAGAACUCUCCACAACAACCAUUCAUGGUAGCAAGAAAAUGCCUUCAAAAUCUAUAAAGGACAUAAUUGCGAGAAAUCAAGAACACCUAUCAGCUUCUAUAGACUUCAAUAUAACGAAAAUUUUACAGAACCCAAAAGCAUAUACAACGCCUGCAUUCAAGGAAGAAUCAAGAUCAUCAAAACUACCAACAAAGUCCCAUUAUAUCAGUAGCGGUCCAGAGUUUAACCGCGUUCUCUUCGAUUUUGGAGGUCAGAGUCCACUGAUUUUAUAUUAUCUUAAGAUGCAUGAAGUAGCUGGUAUUUCCAAAGCCCCUAGACAAGUCAGGAUUAAGCUCACUGAAAUACUGAAAGAACCACCACCUGCACCAACUUAUCGUGAUAUUAUAAAGGAAGCAAAAAGACAAUUUGCAAAAAACCGAAAGGAUUUUAGAAUAGAAAACCGCGUAAUUAAUGAAGAAAUAAAACUCCUAAGACAGCGACAGGAAAAAGUUGACAAGGAAUUUCAUAGACUCCAAGCAAAGGCUACCAAGAAACCCUGUGAAGUUAAGAAUGAUUUUGAGAAUUUCCUGCAUCAACUACGUUUUGAAGCUCUAACUGAGAGAGAAUUUCUGGCAUCACUGUCGUCAUCAUCAUCAUCAACAGAAGACUACAACCCUGAGGAAGAAGAAAGCCAGGAGAAAUCAGAAGUAAACUGUAUUUAAGAAUGUAUGUUUAAUU